AUGUUAUUUUUCUUAUCAGUCACAAUAAUAAAUUGCUUACAAUUGAAACUCUAACCAUUUAAUUAUUAGAAAGGAGAUUUAAUUGAUACAGCAUAUUCAGUAAAUUAGAUAAAUAUAAAUAUUAGGUUUCCUUACAAAUUGCUGGUUCAAACUAUUAAAUGGUAAUUGAUAAUAUUAAUUCUUAUUCAUGGAUAUAUUCUAAAAACCCAACCAAUAACAAUUAAUGUAUCAAUUGUCCAUCAGCUGUCUAAUAAUUUGAUUGUAAAGAAACUGAUGGUUGUGUAAAGGUUUAGAAUUCUGAACCAAUUACAUUAUAAAACUCAAAUAAAUGCAUCUUAUCUACAAAUGUAAGCUAAUUUACUAUAAAAAAUAAGAAUAUUAUGUUAGAUCGCCAGUCAUUUGAUAAAUUUUAGAUUUGCCUAUCCUAUGAUAUAUCUAAUCAGCAAUAUAAAUUAAAUGGGGUUUUGAGUUUAACAAAAUUAACAGAAUCUCCAAAUAAAUCAAAUUUAUUUUAUUAGUAAGUAAAAUUUGAAUUAGAUUAGAACAACACAGCUUAUAAUAAAUUUACUAAAUUUCAACAAGUGUAGGAUAAGAAAGAAUCUUCAUAAGUGAAUAAAGUAGCUAUUAACUCCAAAAAUAAAUAUCAUAUUAAAAUUAAGCAGAAGAUCAAUGGAAAUUAUAAUAUUAAUUAUCAUAUAAAGAUAUUUAAUUUCUUAAGAAAGAAGAUAAUUAAUUUAUUACUUUUGAUUUAACAACUAAAUAUAACUAUUUUACAUAAGAUAUUAUUAAAAAGAUAAUAACUUAAAUAAAAAACUAUUAAAGUUUGGUAAAUUAUUCUAUUAAUUUUUAGUUUUGCUCUAUAGAAAAUAAGAGAUUAAUGUGUCUAUGUCCAAAACCAGAAUUUAUUGAUAAGAUACCAAAAAUUAAAAUUGCAUUCAAUGGAUUACCUAAUACUUUUACUCUGCCCUUAAAUCCAAAAUAUUUAUAGACCGAAUAAAAAUGUGAAUUAGACGUAUUCCAACAUAACCAAUAUUCAAUUUUAGGAAAUUAAUUCUUUCAGUAAAUAUGUGGUAUUAUUUAUUUAGAUAAAAUGGAGCAAUAUUUAAUUCAAAAGAAAACACAAUUAUGAUAGGAUAAUCCAAUUAAGAUACUGAGGAUAGCUUUUCAUUUCCCAAUAAUUCUAUAUAUUGUUUAUUAGCAGGCUUCUUAAUAUUGUUUGGUUUAUUAUCUUUAAUAUUAAUACUCAGGUAAUUAUAUUUAUAAAAUAUAAAGUAAAAUCUCCUAGGAGUAAUUAUCAAAACCAAAAUAUGAACAACCAUAACCAAAACCUUUAUAUGUUGUGUCAAACAAUCAACAAAUGUUUAAACCUUAUAAUCUUGAAUUAUCAACAAAUUAAAAAAUGAUAUAUACAAGAAAAUGAA